AAGCAUAAAGUGUUAAAAGCGUGAAAGAAAAACUUAUCGACAGCUGUCAAAAUCGCCCAACUCAAGAGGAAACCGGCAAAUGGCAUUUAAAUGUUUUGACAAAUGACAAAUUUGCGGUAGCCAAAAGCAGGGAAAAAGAGAGAAGUUAAAUAACUGGCGACUUCAGGCUGGAGGUGGCCUUUUCAACGGCUGUUCGGAGUUAUGUAUAGGCCUCUUAGCUCCCACUACGCCCCUCCGAUACUCCCAACCCCCCACAAAAAUAUAUUCACGUUUUCCAGCGCUGACAGCUUAAGUGAGAAAAGUAUUGCUGAUUAAAUGUUUUGACAAAUUGAAUGCGCCACAAAAAAUGAAAAUAUUUAUACACUAUUAAAAGGUCUUAUACAAGUUGAGAUUGGCACUGGCAAGACAUUUUUAGAAAUUUUUCAAAAUAAAUUAAAUUCAAUUGAAGACCUUGAAGAAUUAAACAUUUAAGAGACUUAAUUCAAGGGAAUCAAGGAUAUAUCGCUACCCGAAUUAAGAUAUAUUAAGUACAAGAGAAAGUUGGCGAAAUAAGGCAAGAACAUGGCAAACACCCCGCAGGCGAAGAAUGCCCUCCUGAUGUCCUUCAAGUCCCAGUUGUCAUCCGACGUUCGCAGCAUGUUGGUAAACUUUGAAGAAAUCCUGAAGAUGGCUUGCAGGGAUAGAAACGGUCAAAUUCAGGAAACCACUCAGUACGAAAUUGAUGCUCUGGAAAUGCAGCUGCGUGCCGCCAAUGUGGUCCGUGCUGCAGAUUCCCUGAUGAAGCUAGUGAACGACCUCAAGGAAUACCACAUUCUGUAUGAUUUCCCGGGCAUCGACGAGGAAAUCAAGAAGAACUGUGAACUAAUACAGGCCAAGACACUCGAGUAUGACGAAAAGAUAGGCAAAUUGGCCCAAGAUAUGGCCGAUGAACUGGUUGCCCUGGAGGAGGAGUUCUAUGAGUACGGCAGCCGCAACUUGGAUUAGUCUUAUUAACUGGACUACUACCUAAUCUGUUAGGGAUUUUCUUUUACACUGACAACGAUUUUUGUAUCUCAAAAGCAUAUCAUUUUAGAAGACAAAUAAAAUAACCCCCUAAACUACUUAUUA